GGGUUACCGUUUAGACUGUUUUUGGCUUGCUGGCUCGAGCCCCGAAAUGACGUCUACCGCUUUAAAUGAGUUCACGCGACACGUGGUUAUAUGAACAUGGCGGCGCCCUGUACAUCUCAGUGAGAAGUGGAAUAGAAAGUAAAUAUAAGAAGGAAAGCAUCAACAGAGAAGAUGGCAGAUGUUAGUGGCAGCCCAGUGGCUGAUGCUCCACCCUCAAAGGAGGAGAAGCCUGAUGACCUCUCCAAAGACUCCAACAACGAUGAUGUCACGUCUGACGUCAAAGCUGAAGGGGGCAACGAGGCAGCCUCUGACCCCAACUUGUACCGCUACAUCAAAGAGGACCUCUUCACAUCCGAGAUCUACAAAGUGGAGAUCAGGAAUCUCCCCAAGUUCACCGGCUUCAACGACCUGAAGAAGUUCCUGGCCAAACACAACCUCAACCCGCACAAGAUCAAGCUGUUCGGCAAGCAGACGUUCGCUUUCGUCACCUUUAAGAACGAGGAAGAGCGCGACAAGGCCAUGAAGAUGGUUCACGGCAUGCAGUGGAAGGGCCAGGUGCUGAGCGUCAGGCUGGCCAAACCCAAAGUAGACCCCAUCCUGAGGAAGAGGAAGCAAGAGGAGGGAGAGGGCGCAGGAGGGCAGCCCCCAUCCAAGCGGACGGAGGGGGACGAGGAAGAGGAGCCACUCAGUGUCCAGUUAGCCAACGUGGUGACUCCUCUGUGGAAUGUGCCUUAUGAGGAGCAGCUGAAGAGGAAGGAGCAGGAGGUGGUGGGGGUUCUGCAGAGGCUGGCCAAAGAGAUUGGCAGCACCAACAAAGCCAUGUUGCCGUGGCUGUUUGCGCAGAAAGGGAAAUACAACAAGAUGUGUUGUUCUCUGGAAGCUAUCCGACCGUCUCCUACACAGACGGAGUACAGAAACAAGUGCGAGUUCCUCAUUUCAGUGGGAGCAGAUGGUGAGGAUAAGACCAUCGGUUUCCGCCUGGGAAAAUAUAAAGGCGGCUCCUGUGCUGUGGUGGGGCCGGCCGAGACGAGCCACGUCUCCGCCGAGGCCAAGAGAGUGGUCAGCGAGUUUCAGAAGUUCAUCAGGACAACAUCAUACUCUGUGUACAGUCCUGAAACGUAUGAAGGACACUGGAAGCAGCUGACCGUCAGGACUACGAGAACCAAACAGGCCAUGGCUAUGGCGUUCUUCCACCCGCAGAAACUUGAAGAAGAGGAAGUCAGUACAUUAAAGAGCUCCAUGAAGAAGUACUUUACAGAAGGAGAGGGGAAAGACAGCGGAGUAACCUCUCUUUACUUUAUUAGAGAGGGUCAAAGGACUUCCCCUAACCUAGAGGACUUGCCCUGUGAGCAUGUGGCCGGAGAGGGCAGCAUUCACGAGGAGCUCCUGGGCCUAAAGUUCAGAAUAUCUCCUCAUUCAUUCUUCCAGGUGAAUACAGGAGCUGCAGAGGUGCUGUACUCUGCUGUGGGGGAGUGGGCCCAGCUGGAUCAGGACAGCACCGUACUGGAUGUGUGCUGUGGGACAGGAACCAUCGGCAUUUCUCUGGCCAAGAGGGUAAAGAAGGUGAUUGGGAUCGAACUGUGCCAGGAAGCCGUGGAGGAUGCCAAAGUUAAUGCAAAGCUCAAUGGUCUGAGUAAUGUUGAGUUUCACUGUGGAAAAGCUGAGGAUGUGUUCCCCAACAUUCUCAAUGCUCUCGUGGCACCCAACCUCACAGCCAUUGUGGAUCCACCGCGGGCAGGCCUGCAUUCCAAGGUGAUCCUUGCCAUCAGGAGGGCAGAGCAUCUGAAGAGGCUGGUUUAUGUGGCAUGCAAUGCUAAGGCAGCCAUGAACAACUUCAUCGAUCUGUGCAGAGCACCAUCCAACAGAGUUCACGGGGCGCCGUUCCGUCCGGUGCGAGCCAUGGCCGUGGAUCUGUUCCCUCAGACCAUGCACGUUGAGAUGCUUCUGCUGUUGGAGAGGGUGGACUACAACUCCCAGCAUUAGCAGACCAGCAAGCAAUAAGGAAGAGACGGGGGUCUUACCUUUUAGAAACAGGCCCUGGGCUUUGAUAGGUAGCAUGGGCUAAAUGUAUGCACACACACAGAACUCCAAGGAGCCUUUGAAAUUAAUAUUAAAAGCAUUUUUUUUCUGUUGUUUAAGUAAUCUGCAAGGCCUUAUAGUCUUAACUGUAAAGGGUCAGUACAUCCAAAUGUCUUCUUAUUUUGUAAUGCAAUAUUAAUUUUUGCUUCAAAUAAACUUGGUGUUAAUACAGUA